AUGGGGGUGGGGCUGAGCGAUGGCCCCCGGGCGCCCAUCAGCCCCUCCAUGACCGGGAGCGUCUGGCCCACCAGCACGCCACCCCUGGGCUUGCUUUCCACUCGGCUGCCCGCUUUGUGUCUGCAUCAGAGCACCGGCGGGGGUGGGUCCUCCGUCUGUGCGAAGAUCGUGCAGCUGCUGGGGCAGAACGAGGUGGACCACCACCACAAGCAGGUGGUCAUCCUGAGCCAGGACAGCUUCUACCGUGUCCUCACCUCCGAGCAGAAGGCCAAGGCCCUGAAGGGCCAGUUCAACUUCGAUCACCCGGAUGCCUUUGACAAUGAGCUCAUCUUCAAAACUCUCAAAGAAAUCAUGGAGGGGAAAACCGUGCAGAUCCCCGUGUACGACUUUGUCACCCAUUCCCGGAAGGAGGAGACGGUGACCGUCUACCGCGCGGACGUGGUUCUCUUCGAAGGCAUCCUCGCCUUCUACUCCCAGGAGGUGCGCGACCUGUUCCAGAUGAAGCUGUUCGUGGACACGGAUGCAGACACCCGGCUCUCCCGCAGAGUGUUAAGAGACAUCAGCGAGAGGGGGAGGGACCUGGAGCAGAUCUUGUCCCAGUACAUCACCUUCGUCAAGCCCGCCUUCGAGGAGUUCUGCUUGCCGACAAAGAAAUACGCGGAUGUGAUCAUUCCGAGAGGUGUAGACAAUCUCGUGGCCAUCAACCUCAUCGUGCAGCACAUCCAGGACAUUCUCAACGGAGGGCCGUCCAAGCGGCAGACCAACGGCUAUCUCAACGGCUGCACGCCCGCACGCCAGAGGCAGGCCUCCGAGCCCAGCAGCCGGCCGCACCGACCCGCCCCGAGCCCUGCCCCGCUCCCGGGCUCGGCGGCGGCAGGGGCUCGGCCGUCUGUACAGACGGUUUCCUGUGACUCUGCUCAUUUAAGAAAACAACACGGAAAAGAAAUGCCUUUGAUCUUGAAACGGAACUUGACCCCGAGCUUACACGACGAACUGUGCCAACUACCACUGGCGAUGCCUAAUCAUGCCCACCUGUACCAGUUACCAAUAUACGCGCAUAUAUAAAAGGAUCUAUUUUUGUGUAAAUGUACAAAAUCCUGUAAAGCUGUUUGCUGCUGAGUGUUUGCAGGAGGGCCCGCGCUGAGCUUCCCCGGGGCAGGUGGCCCCCGGCGUCCAGGCGGGCAGCUGGCCUGUGAGGUGGGAGCACGGGGCUCGUGGCCCACGCUGGGCACCUGCCGAAUGCACUGCUUGGAGCUGCAGCUUACUGACAUGUCGAGGAGAGAGACUUCUUUUUCUUUUGAGUUGAAAUUAGGCAAGACCUCACCCGAAAAAUCAAACUCAGGGAAGGGGCCCUUUCCAACGGCCCACCCUCCGCCCACCCCUGGCUGCUCGGGUGGCGGCGUGACGCCUCCCUCACUCCCCCGUGAUUCGGUCUCCAGAGCCAGAGCUGCCUGUCCCUCGUCCCUGGUGGGGAUCUGACUCCCAGGGAGUUUUGGACCAGACUCCCCAGGCUUUUCCCAGCCUGAGGGGCGCACAGCGGUCCCUUGCAAUCCAGGUGCUGAAGAGACUUCUGCUGGCAGAAGGGCAGCUGGCAGCCCCUCGCAGGGUGGUGACAGAGCUCUGCCCGAGCAGGGCACAGUGGCUUUGUCCCCGAGAUGCGGGGAUUGGCAGUGAGAUGGGGUGGCACGCAUCUUAGGCAGCGUCAUCGCUGGCGGCAUCACGGAUGGGCUGCCUUUCGGGUGUGGCAGCGCUGGGCGUGCGGGGAGGCGGGAAAUGGCAUUUAGGUCCUAAGCUGGAGGCUCGGGGUGAAAGGCUUGGAGUGGAGAAUUCCCUCUUCCCCGGGGGCUUCCUCUUGGCGAAUAUGAGUAGCUUUGGAAGAAGCAGGUUCUUGGACUCUGGCGGGAGGGGGUGCAAGAAGUGGGGGGAACAGUUGAAGUCUGAUUAGAGUCCGCGCCCCGGCCUGUAACUGCCCGAGACAGCCUCCCUUUCUCAGUUGCCACACCCUCAGCUUGUCCUCCACGGCCUGCCCUGCCUGUGUGUUCUGGGGGGGCCCUGCCCUGCCCUUCCCGAUGCUGCCGAGCCCAUCGGAGCCAUUCAGGUGCAUCUGCCACGUGCCCCGCGAGCACCAUCCAUGUUGACCCCCCGCUUUUUUGGACCUUAUUUGACUCUAACUCUGUUUUGCUGUUUCAAACCUAAACCCCAAAAGAGCUUUGCCGCCCCUGAGACAGUGGGGAGACGUGUCACAGGCCUGAGGGUGCUCCUGAUCCUGCAGCCGCCUGGUGGGGCACGGGCUCUGAGGGCUCCAGGCGGGGUGCUGGGUUUCAGAAUCAGUGUUCAUUACCUUUCCCAUCCUGCCUUGCACGGCUCUGAGGUGGAGGGUGGAGGGCAGGCCUGGGUUGGGGUCCUCCUGCCCUGGGGCCUGUGUGCUCCGGGAGGCCCGCCCCUGUGCCGGAGCCCCGCCCUGUCCGUCAGCGGGUAGCACCCUCAACUUUACUUGAAGCUCCCAGGUGCCAAACCAUUUAGUGCCUUGGCUGUGGGUCCCCCUGCCUCGGAAGGUGGGCUUUCUCAUCUCAGCCUUGACUACGUAGCCGCCUCAUCCACCCGUGGUGUGGGUGCUAAGCCGCUGUGGGCUGCCCGGCCUCCUGGUAAAACCAUCUCCAGUUCUCAGUGGCUCUGCUGGGGACGCUGACCAUGGCCCGGUUCUGGGAACCCUGUGUCCUGGGCCAGGAAAGGGGCCGCCCUGCCGAGCCCGGCAUUUCGCCAACUGAGGCUGAACUUGAGCUUCUGUAGGACAAUCUUGGGCUGGCGUUCGAGAGCCGCUUCUCCCUCUGCACGCCCUCCCACGCAUUGUCCGCAGACCAGGCGCGUGGGAAACGGGCAUGAAGCCACGGCCGCCUGCGCGAAGGCCUGGCCCGCACCCCCUCAGGCUCACGGAGCUCCUGCUGCGGCCUCCGUGGGCAGCCCGGCCAGUGGGGGCAGAGGAGGGGGAGGUGUGAGGAAGCGCAGGUGCUGACCUCGGUGUCCUGUGGGAGUGGGUGGCGUGGCCCUGGGAGGCCACAGGAGCUCGGAGGCCGAGGGUGGUGACGGGAGGGUCUCCAGCGCCCCCUUUAGAACAGCGGCCCUGCAGAGCCGCUCUGCUCCGCUCCUGCUGCAUGGCCCCUGGCUUCCUCUCCCCUGGGCUCAAUUGGACACUUGUCUGGGUGCCAGUGGGUCACCAGCCUCAGGCCACUGGGUCAGGCUGCAGGCAGGUGGGGAGGGGGAGGGGCUGGAGCCCAGCUGGUGGAGGGUCACCCGAGUGCUGGGUUUGGCGGGGGAGGGGGCCGGCUCUGCCCUUCACCCCGUCCUCUGGGUGGUGGACAAGGGAGGGCGUCGCUGGGCUGAGUGGAGCUCAGAGCCCCUUUGAUCUCUAGCCCUGCCUCCCUCGCACGUGGGCAGGUGGCAGGUGUGGCAGGGCCUCCUCACUGCUCUUCCGGUGGCGGAGCCCAGCUGGGGAGGGACUUGGGCCUUUUUCUUUGAGACGCUUGCUCCCCGCUCUGCCUCCUAACCGGGUCUCAAUUGUUCAGUUACAGGAAUGGCCACAUGCAAUGUACUUAGUUGUAAAUAAAGACUGAACAGAAAGCCA